AUGCAUAUCUUCAAGGAGCACACGUGUCCCUGCAGGGCCAACUGGACGAAAUAUAAGAGCGUGUUACGGAAGCUUCUGGGCUUGGGGAAACCAACCAGAAGAUUAACUCGAUCCGGUAGAUGUGUUGAUUGCGGUACAGCACCACAUCGAGAAGGUCAAGUACUACUUCAGCUCCCGGAAGACGUCAAACAGCUCGUGAGCAAGGACAACCCCGAGGGAAACAUGAGAGGAUACGAUGACGAAAACUUGGUAUGCCGUCUCUCGAUUCUACCGGUGAUCGUCAAGUACACGGACGGGUUGGAAUACGAGGAAGAGGUCGGUCUGGCCGAAAGGGUCUAUACCCAGCUGAAGAUGGAGGGGAGCCCAUUAGUCGAUCCGAGAUGGGAGGAUAAGAUCUGUCAACUCCCGGAUAUGGUGUUCCAGCAUUUCUACGGGGUUGUGAGGAACCAGGUGGGAGGUUAA